GACACACAUGUGGCUUUUAUAUAGACAAACAUUCUUACCGUGUACCGACAGGCCAAUAUACAGAUACAGGUAUUCUCCUGAGAUUACGGGUACAAGUCGGGACAGAUACAGGUAAGGUUUUAACGUCAAAAAUGGCUGACAACUGGGAGUUGCUGUACUGGUCUUGUGCCGGAAGGGGUGAAUUCGUGCGAGUAAUAUUUGUGGAGGCGGGUGUUGAAUUCAAAGAUACCGAUGAUAAGCAGGUUGUAGCCGAAAAGGGGAAGGAGGGGAAGCUAGGAGGAUUCCCGGUGAUGUUUCUACCUGCCAUAUGUAAUGGCGAUUUCCAUCUUUCUCAAACACCCACUAUAUGCAAAUACCUGGGCAAGAAGUUUGGGUUGUACCCUGAUAAUGAGGUAGACGAGUGGCAUGCUGAUCAGAUCAACACGACAAUCCACGACUACAUUGCGGAGGGAAUACUGUGUUUCCAUGGUGUCAACCCUUCCAUGACCUAUUACAACCAGAUAGAAGAAACCAAACCGUACAUUGAACGAUUUGUCGCCGAGAGAAUUCCAAAGUGGCUCAGACAUUUCGAGGAUGUGUUACUAGCCAACGACGGAGGAAAGGGCUUCGUUUUUGGGAAAAAUUUGACCUAUGUGGACCUUGGCUUAAUGCACGCUUUGAGGGCUACAGAAUCUCAGUUCCCAGACACUUGGAAUAAUGCCGACUACAUACCAACUUUGAAGAGUUUCAAGGACAGAAUGUGUUCCCGGUCACGAUUGGCUGCUUAUUUUAAAUCGGACAAAUGUCGCGCUUUCGAAGGCAAUAGUAUGAUGUAAAUUGUCACAGAAAAUCAUCCUGUCAGUGUCAUGUUUUGAAAGUGGCGAUGUGUUUUCGAUUUUAAUAUAAUUUAUCUUAAUUUCUAAUCAUGAACAAUUGGUGCAUCAGUCUUUAAAACUGCUUUCCGGGGAUAUAAAUAAGAAACAAUGGACAGAACCUGAACAAAAAUUCGACAGCUCAGGUUACAGUUAGGGUGGAUUCCAUAAACAGACAGCAACCUCCAUCUGUCGUGCGUUGUUUAUGUUGUCAGCCUUUGUACGUGUCUAUGACUUUAGUGUAUUCCUUAUGUAAGACAUAUGGUUAUAAGUCACUGAUACACAUAAAUAGUCAGUAUAUAGUUCUUGUUAUCAUAUUGCGAGACAUAGCAAGUCUCUAGCAAUCAGGACUAAUAUAUUCGACCUCGUCUUGGAAAACGUUUCUGUCUUUUGGGAACCAGAGUCUUGCUUUAUCCCCAAAUACUGUAUUUUAACUUAUGCAGUACUGAUUCAUUUCAGUGACAUCAUUUUGAUUCGUCAAACUUUAUGUGAGAAAGAUACAUCCCUUAUUCAUAAAGUUUGUUCACAUAAUCACUUUUAUCAAUUAUUUGUGGAGUAGGUUACUGUAUUGUGUGUGUUACAUUAUGUUUUUCUAUAAUCAGUUAAGUAUGCUGUUUGAUAGGUAUUGCCUACACUUCCUCUUACCUGUACCCAAUGUUGGACAUAUUUUCUAUCGACCGUAUCAUUAUGUAUUAUUUACACAUAAUAUUUUCAAUUAAAACAAAUACGA